UAACAACAAUAAUAAUAGGAAAAAACCAAAAGGAAGGGUUUUUCACCUUCUGCAGCAUAACCAGCUGAUAAACCCUAAAUCUCAAAGCUCAAGCUCCCAAGUUCCUACCAAUGGAUUCUGACGAAGAAGACACCAAAUCCCAAAUGAUGUUAGACCAUCCAGAACCCAAAUCCCCAACCAAAAAGAAGAAGAAGAAGAAGAAGACGAAGGAGAAGAAGGAGAAAGAGGAAGCGCCAGAGGUCCAAGCCACCAUCCAAGUCCUCCAAGACCAUUCAGACAGAGCUCCGCCAUUGGUGGGAUAUUUUCCAUCUGGGUUUGACCCCGAAGAGAGUGCACGCACUGGCGAAUCUAGUUCAACGAGGGUUAGGGUCUUGAGGAACAUGGAAAAGCCAAAAAGGCUUCAAGUGGUUGUGACUCCACCUGGGUCGAAGGUGGAUUUCGUCGGAACCAAUUAUUCUGGAGAGGCCGAGGCUGGGCAGCAGCAUUGUAAUUAUGCGCUUGGGGUUCUUGAUAAAGAAACCCAGACGUUGAAGAUUGUGCCUAUUGCUUCGAAUAAGAUAUUUAGAUUAGAACCAAAAGUUGGAGGCUUGGACUUCUCUAACAAGGAGCCUGAAAAUUCAGCAGUGGAAGAGCUCUCUGCACAACAGAAGACUGAAAAAAUGAGAGAUAAACUUACUAAUCUUUAUGGAACAAAGAAAUCAAGAAAGGAGGUUAUUAAGAUAAACUCUCUGAAGCAAGCUGAUGAUCCUGAUUCUUUGAACGAUCUAGAUAAGCAAAUAAAAAAAGUUGUGGUAAACAAGGAUGCUCUUGAAAGUACUGAUGCUCAUACUGCUCGCAAUAUCCCACCACAUAAUACUUCUGCCACAUCUCCGGAGGAGGCUUAUCCACUGGACAAGAUCAUCCUUAAAGGAGAGUGGAGUUUCCUUGAAGACAUUUAUAAAUUUCUGCAGGGGGGAAGGGAAGUAUCAUCGAAUACUUACCCGACCUUCAUUUCCAACAGAAUCUAUAAACUGAGAGACAUUCAGGAUGAAGUGGAGAAGAAGAAGCUAUCAUGCAUAUUCUCAUAUAUAACCCAUCUUAUAAAGUUCAAAGAUCUGCAUAAUAUGGAUAAUCGUAAAUCCGCAAAGCGCCAUAACUUUCCAAGCAUUCUACAUCAAAAGUUUUCAACCUUGUUUGGAGAGGAAAAAAUUAUGUCACCAGAAAAACAUGAUCUUCUCGUUAGCUAUGUCUUGGUGCUGACGCUAUAUGCAGAUGAAUUCCGAACAGAUUUUUCAGAUAUAGCCAAGGACUUGAGAAUGAAUACAAUACAGUUGAGAACUCAUUAUGAACAUUUGGGUUGCAAGAUCUCACGCCAAAACAAUAUAUCAUUCGCUAUUCUUCCUGUCCCUCUCCAAUUCCCACAGACAAGGCCGAAGAGGAGGCGGCGAUAGAUUGAUCCAGCUCAUUGUUCUCGUAUGAAAGCAUAUGGAAAAUUGAUUCUGGAAAGAUGAUUAUCCUUUGAUAUUACAAAUUGUCUACUUUCCAUAAAUCGCUUAGCAAACUGGUAUUUUUACAGCAGUCUGGCUUCCUGUUUACUUAUCAUAAACAACAUUUUGAUCCUUGAAUUAACAGUAUUUUUCCUAA